AUGAAUGUUGAGGAAGAAGUUGAGAGCAUUGCCAAGUUAGACCAACAGAAAUCAAUCACACAAAAAGAAUUGCGCUCAAUUAAUGCAAAAAUUGUUCAAGUUACUUCACAACAAGAUGAAUUACGUUCAACUAUUGAAUCCAUGAAGACAUCAAUCAAACAAAAAGAGAAAUUCAUCUCGGAACUGAAUGAGAGCAUCAAGUCUUUACAGAGUCUUGUGCGAAAGAAACCAACUGGACUAAAGAAGUGUGAUGAUGAUAUUGACGUGGAACUUGAGGAAAAGACCAUCAAGAAGCUUGAAUUACAGCUCAAGUUCGAAUUGGAAGAAUUAGCAAAAAUAACAAAAGAUAUUGACAUGGACUGCAUGAAAAAGCAAAAAUCAUUCAAAAAGAAUAUGGUGGCUCAAACAAAACGCUAUAACCAAACACUGAAGAAGAUAGAAAGAGCUUCCACGUUGAAGGCAAAGCUUUUGCAUCUGAGAUUUGAAGUGUUUCACCAAGUUUGCAAUCGUAUCAACAAUACUCUAUCUCAAAUUUACAAAGAUAUGGGAAUCAACAAUAAUUGUUACAUUUCAUAUUGUGAAAACAAAAACAUUGCAUUUGAAAAAGGUGUGAACAUUUAUUGCAAACCUAAUGGAAACGAAUGGAUUCCCUUUUCAAAGCUCUCAGGUGGUCAAAUGAAUUUGUGCUGUGCAAUUAUUUCUCUCAGUAUGAUGAAAUCUUUUCCAACUCCUAUUUGUUUCUUUGAUGAGAUGGAUGCAUCCUUGGAUUCAAUUAAUGUUGAAAUGCUUUCCAAAAUUAUUUUGGAAUACUCAAAGAACACGCAAUUUAUUUGCAUUUCCUUCAAAUUUUACGAAAAAGCACACCAUGUGAUUGGAGUUUAUCACAACAACCAAACCUCAUGUGUUGUGCCAUUUGUUGUAGAAGGUGAAUAA